AAACUUCCGGUGGGAAAACAUUCAACCGACUUGACUGAUAAUGGCUAAGUUACUGAAUCAUUAUGAAGUCAGCAGUUAUCUGCGAAACUAACACAUCAAUCACUUGAGGUGUUAGUUUUGUUGCACUGUGAUUGGGUGAAGACUAGAAGACCGCAUGGAUCUCGGGAUUUGAAUUGAUAACUGAAAUGGCAACUGCAGGCCGACGAAUCCAUCCAUCAGAGGACAUGGGUGGGCGAGCGCUGGGAUAUGGAGGUGUUCUUCAGUCGCGGAUGUCUGAUCUAGACACAUCGCCCAGCCACAAAGUUCAGUCACUAACUCUGGAGGAGGCUCGCUAUUCUGACAUGAGGAAGAGAAUUGGACUGCCACGGGUUCCUAAAGAUCGAAUAAGUGUCCACAAAGAUUAUGACAAGAAAAUUGAAGAACUUACAAACUUUGUAAGACAAACGUUUCAAAGAAAAGAGUGCAAGAAAUUUGUCCCUAAACAAGGUCAAAAGGUUAAGAAGAUCAAGGACCUAAAAUGCCAUUGUGGGGAGGUGUUGCGCAUGCACGAAGAUUUAAGAGGAAAUAACCGAGGUGCCUUUGAAGGCACAGAGAUGUCCUUUUUAGUUCCAUCAGAAUUGAUAAAAAUAGUUGCAAAAGCAGAAAGUGAUCCCCCAGAAAAACUACCAAAUGUGCCAUGGAAUGAAGAAGAAUGCUUACGCAAGUCAACAACAAAUGCAUUUGGAAAAAUUGCCUUCAAUAUUGAACAGAUUGGGGGCAGAAAGCCUGCAAAGUAUAUUCGUAUUUCCGAUGAGGACAAGGCAGAGGAUGUUCUUGGACUGAUGGAAAAAUACUGGAGAAUUAUGGAGCCACGUCCUCCAAAUCUUGUCAUCUCAGUGGUUGGUGGUGCAAAAAACUUUAAACUGGAAGGUCGACUCCGAGAUACAUUUUCAUCAGGGUUAAUAAAGGCAGCAAAAACCACCUCCGCUUGGCUGAUAAGCUCUGGUUUCAACAUGGGGGUGAUGAAGGGAGUUGGACAAGCGGUGAAUGAAGGCCAAGCGUUUCUCUGGGACAACGAUCGCAUGACUCACUUGCUCCGCUGUAUUGGCAUAGCUCCAUGGGGCUAUAUCUAUGGAAGACACCACCUCGAAAGUCCAGAUGGAAAGGGAAAGUUUAAUGCUCACUACCGCAGUAGCAACAUGAUACUUCACGGCUCCCCAGUGUCUCUGAACCCCGAUCACACACAUUUUAUAUUUGUCGAUGAUGGUAUGCGCAACAGAUACGGUGGGGUGGCAGAUUUCCGAGCCAAAUUUGAGAAGCUCAUCUCAGCACCUGCAGCUGAAGGUGGGAAAGGAAUACCUGUGGUGUUAGUGGUGGUAGAAGGGGGCUAUGAUGCCAUCACAGAUGCCAGCCAGUCCCUGAAAGAAGGAAUUCCGGUGGUGGUGUGUGCUGGGACUGGCCGAGCUGCUGACAUUCUGGCCUAUGCAUACAGCCACACAUUUACAAACAGAAAUGGCGUGCGAGAUAUGAAGGAGAGGCACAAGGAAAAUUUAGCAGGGAAGAUCUGUGAUGCAUACCAGAAAAGCUUUAAAGACCCAGAAAAGGAUCUGCAGACAUACCUCGAUGUGGUUCUCAAGUGUUGUGAACGUGAAGAACUGAUAAUUAUCUUCCACAUGAAUAAACACGAGGAUCUGGACCUGGCUAUCUUGUCGGUUCUGUUGAAAGCUAAGAAAAGUUGCCAGUCUGGGGAGGACCAGAGACUGAACCAGCUCAAACUUGCCCUCACGUGGAACAGAGCCGACAUAGCACAAGAAGAAAUCUUUCGAGAAGAUAUUAACUGGAAUCCAGAUGACUUAAAUGGAGUGCUGACGAUGGCUCUGGAACAGGACAAGGUGGACUUUGUGAAGCUCAUUCUGCAGCAGGGGGUCAUCAUGAAGGAAUACCUCACCGAGGACAGACUGAUGCACCUCUACAACACUGUGGAAAAACAUUCUUACCUUCACGUGCUUCUUCACCAGUCAUUAAAAAAAGAGGCUCUUAAUCUAAACGACAUCAACAAAUUUCUCACCAAGCUUCUCGAUAAAUAUGAUGAUGAAAAAGCCAUCAUGGAAAAGAAAACUGUUAAGGAUAAGGACUGUGAAAGUGAGACUGAUGAUGAAGGGAUUAAAAACUUUAAAAAGCCAUACAAACAACUGCUGAUAUGGGCAAUACUGAUGAACAGAGUAAAUUUAGCCAAGUUUUUCUGGGAGAUGGGUGAGGAGUGUGUGACAAGUGCUUUAGCCGUGACUCGAUUGUGUGCUGGGCUAGCCAAACAACUUCCCAAAUAUCAAACCUCACUGCGAGAAGAGUUCCUUCAAACAAAGAAAGACUUUGAACAGUUGGCUAUCAAAGUGUUGGAUGAAUGCCAUCACGUGGAUCCCACCAAAGCCAUGAUGCUGGUUGAGCGUAAAUCUCCAACGUGGAGUAACAUCAAUUGUCUACAGCUGGCUGCAACCGCUAGUGAUCAGGGAUUUUUGUCAUCUGUGGCUUGUCAGAAUGCUAUCAACAACACCUGGAAACAUGGCCUCCUAUCCACAUGGAAGUUUGUACUGCUGGCAACAAUAUUUCCUCCAUUCAUUGCUAUACUUGAUGUUAGUCUGUUGGGAUCUAAAAAGAUUUCAUGUCUCCAGAAAAUACGGACGUUUUACAAAGCUCCAAUUACAAAGUUUACUUACUACACGUUUCUUUAUACCGUAUUUCUUUGCCUGUUCACCUACAUGGUUCUAGUUGAUUUCAAGAGCUCGCCGUCGUCUGUGGAAUAUGUCUGUAUUGUGUGGGUGCUGUCAUUCUUUGUGGGGGAGAUUCACACGUUCCUGGCAUUUCCAUACCCCACAGCAUGGGGUAAGAUACGAGAUUGGUACGGCUUCUUGAAUAGACUGGACUUCUUCAACCUCAUACUGGUUUUUGCUGGUUUUCUGCUGCGCUGGAGUUCUAAAUACUAUGUUUAUGCCAAGACAGUGUACUGUGUUAAUGUCAUUGUGUUCUUCUUGAGAAUCAUGAAGCUCUAUACAGCAAACAGCAGGCUAGGACCAAAGCUCUACAUGAUCAUGAAAAUGUUGGAAGAGUUGAUAUCAUUUAUCAUGGUUCUUGCAAUUUUUCUCUUGGCCUAUGGUGUCUCAAGUCAAGGUUUGCUGUAUCCACAACGCACACCAAGCUGGAUUAUUGUCAAAGACAUUCUUUACUAUCCCUACUGGCAGCUGUAUGGUGAACUCUUCUUAGAAGAAAUAGAAUCGGACUCUGCAUGUCAUGAUACUAUGGCGAAUCUAACCGAGGUCACACCAUACAACACCACCUGUCGAACAUACAACUGGCUGGUGCCCAUACUACUGGCAAUUUAUCUCAUGAUAGGAAAUAUUUUGCUGCUCAACUUGCUGAUUGCCAUUUUCAGCCAUGUGUUUGACACCGUGGAGAAGAAUGCGAUCGAGAUCUGGAAGUAUCAGAUGUAUUACCUGGUGAUGGAGUAUGAUGUGAAGACGAGUCUCUUUCCACCGUUCAGUCUCUUUGUCCACGUCUACCUGCUCAUCAAAUGGAUCUUCAGAAGAACAUGCUGCAAGAAAACUAAACAGGGUGUGCAGUUUGAAAAAUACCAUCUGAUGUAUCUACAGCUGUUUGAAAAGGAAAUGAUGUCAAACUAUCUGCGACGUAUAAAAUCAGGAGAACUCAAUUCCAUGGAAAUGAAAUUUAAUAAAUUACAGAAACGAGUGGAUGACUUGACGAAGUUGAUAGAAGAUGAAGUGAUAGCUGAGCCCCCUGUUCUUGGUGAGACUUUAAGACUGGUGCCUCAACCUCCUGUUAAAGAAAACACAGAGAUUGAGUGGCCAUCUGCAAAAGAAGUUGUGAAAAUGGACAAACGAUUACAAAUCGAAGAGGAAGACAAAAAAAGUGAAGAACACUUUGAGGAGCAAACAGUGGAAGUUGUUGAAGAAGUUAUUGAUAAAGAAGUAAGACAUAAAAAGAAAAAGAAGAAAGAGAAGAAGAAAAAGAAACGGUCGAGGAGCAAAGAUCAUGUUUUGGAUGAGAUAGAGGAAGUGAAGGACUUGAACAUUGAUGUGGAAUCCACGUUUAAUAUCAAACCCUCCGAAAUGAGUAAGAAGCUGGAAAGCGACUCUUCACCUACAGGUGAAAGGCUUCACUUGCCUGCCCUCAAUUUACCCUCAUCCAGGGACUGUAGUCCAGCCAGACUGAGGUCAGUCAGCCCUAGGUCAGGCAGCCCACACGUUUAUGAGCCACACUCACCAAUUGUUUUCAGUCAUUCUGCUGAUCGUAAGCCAAGAAGACGAGCCUUCGCGAUGGAGAGCGAUUCUGACUCAGAUAUUGACAUCCCAUUCCAAGGCAGGGGAAGCUUCAGAUUUGUGUCUGCAAGUUAUCACCAGGAUUCCGACUCGACUGAUGAGAAUGAUUUGAGCAAGACACCACGGACAAGCUUCGUGUCAAACCGCAGGCUGCGUCGCCAGGAGCGUGACAAGAUUGACAUACUGGAGGAACGACUGCAGCAGAUGGAAGCCGUCAACCAGCAGUCUUAUCAGCAGAUACAGACGUUGAUGAGAUCGCAGAAACACAAAUAAGACCAGGCCUUGUGUUUAGGUAAAGGCUAGCUUUAAUACAGUCUCCCUCACACAACCAGAGAGUAAUUAAAACAAAUAACACCAGGCCUUGUGUUUAUGUAAAGAUUAGCUUUAAUACAGUCUCCCUCACACAACCAGAGAGUAAUUAAAACAAAUAACACCAGGCCUUGUGUUUAGGUGAAGGCUAGCUUUAAUACAGUCUCCCUCACACAACCAGAGAGUAAUUAAAACAAAUAACACCAGGUCUUGUGUUUAGGUAAAGGCUAGCUUUACUACAGUCUCCCUCACACAACCAGAGAGUAAUUAAAACAAAUAACACCAGGCCUUGUGUUUAGGUAAAGGCUAGCUUUAAUACAGUCUCCCUCACACAACCAGAGAGUAAUUAAAACAAAUAACACCAGGCCUUGUGUUUAGGUAAAGGCUAGCUUUAAUACAGUCUCCCUCAUACAAACAGCAUGCAAUUAAAGUCUGUAGGCUUUACAAACAUGUUCAGUCUGGCAUUUUGAAGUUUUAUGAAAAAAAGAGCAUGAUUCCAGAGAUAUUCCAUGUUUGGUACUGAUAGCUUCUCUGAUGCUGUUGUAUUAGUAGUACAAAGACUUGAAGGGCUAUUUAAUCUGACAUUAGAAGCUGAUAUUAUGUGUCUAUAGUUAACAAAAAUCAGAAGUUAGUGGAAGUGAACCUAAAGUUCAUGAUAACUGGAACACCUUUAUUAUCCGUUAAAUUAUUUGAGGCAGUUUUAUCAUAAUUUUUUUAAAGAUUGUUAUAUUUGUUAUUUUGAACACAAAUUUUAUCUAAUACGUUUUAUUGCUUUACAUAAUUUUAUAUUUCUAAGUCAACAUAUUUUGUAUGACCAGUAGAGUAGGUACUUAAUAUACAAAUUGAAACAAAUUAAAAAUGUAUAUUUUCACAAAUGCAUUAUAUAUGAUAAAUUAUUGUACGGUAUAAUGUUUUCCUGUAAAUUAAUUUAAUAAUAUUUGUACAAUUCAUUUUAUUUGUGAUUUAAUGUCUUUCACAUGGUUAGCAAUCUUAUAGUUAUUUUGUUGUUGCAUAUGUGUGUGUGUGUGUGUGUGUGUGUGUAUAUGUGUGUGUAUGUGCGUGCAUGUGCGUGCGUGUGUGUGUGUGUGUGUGUGCGUGUCUGCAUGUAUGCAUGCAUGCUGUGAGUCUGCACAUGUGUAUAUGUAUGUUCUUAAAUUAAUAUUUAUUACAAAGUACAGGGUAUAUUAAUUUAUAUGUAGAGAUAUUUUUCAUUUGUUAAUUUUUAUCACUUCACAAUUUAUGAUAUGUCAUAACAUUUAAGGAUCCUUAUAACACAAUUCAUGGCUGUACUGCAUUAGUCGGUGUUAUGAUUUAUUAUUUUCUCCACAUUAUUUAAUAUUUAUGUUUUUAUAAAAAAUUUAAGGCUAGACUGACUUGAAUCAUGAAAUCAUAUUUGAUAAGCAUUGUUGAUAUUAAUUUAGUCUGGACAGUAAUCAAUGAAUAUACCUCAUACCCAUAAAUGCGCCUUUGGUGAAAAGUAAAAAUCCACUUUCAUGAAAAGGAAUCUUGUGACAGUUUUCAGCUACAGGCAAACAUUGUAAAAGAAUAAUUAUGUAAUAUGAGAGAGAGUGGGAGAGAGAUAUUUUGUAAUACAUUACAAACUCUGUCAAACCCAGGUUUUAAGCUGUCAGUCACCAAAUCUCCAAAUGUGAAUUAAAGAUGAAUUUGGCAAAUAUAUUUAUUUAUUAAAUCACCAAUAAGAUUGUUUGAAAAGCAAAUUAAAACAAUUAAGUGCCUUAAUUUUGUAAAAUUUUGCUAACUGAAACAUAAAUUAGGCAAAUUCACCAAAGUUGAAAUAAUUCUUACGGUCCAGCUUAAAUCAAUUUUAAUAAAAGACGAAACUGUCCCAAAACUUAUUUGCAUUGUUUUCUCUUUUCACUAUUUUCCAAUGCAUUACAUGUGAGCCAUUGUGGCUUUGCCUUUCUAGCUGCCUAUAUAGAAAGGACACCUGCUCAUCAAGGCCAUUUUUAUAUAUUUAAGUUGGCUUUUAUAGACAAGUUUGACAUAUCCUAGAGUAACCAUGAACUGGGCUAUUAACGGGAACUGGUUUCUGCACAUGUGCAUUGUAAUGCACGAUUGAUUUGAUGAAAUAAUGUUUUAUCUUGUUCAUUUUAUUGUCAAAAUCAACCAACAAAUGUUAAUAUCCAUGCCAUUUUCUGUUGUGAAGAGAUUAUAUACACGUUGUAGUCUAAUGUUGACAUAUUUUUCAGCUACUCCCGUAAACUGGGCUAUUGUUUUUCAAGAGUGAUGUGUGUCACGUGACGUCAGCAAAACUCUCAUGCAAUGAAUCUCUGAAGCAUAUGUGCACUUUGUUUUUGGGAAGGUUUUCUUAAAGCCGCACGCCCUAGUUCCAUCCAGCGAAAAUAAUUUAUAAUUUGGUUAAUCUACAAACACACUUAGAUCACGUUUUUAUCAAAUGGAGUGAAAAAGCAGGUUUUAUAUCGAUAAAU